CCGGGACUGCGCACGUUUCGGCCUUUUUUCCGCCAUCUUUGUUUUCAUAAAAGAUCUAGAAGACGUGGUAUUCAGGAUUUUCGUAUAAAAUGCAGAACGAGGCAGGAGAAUACGUGGACAUGUACACUCCAAGAAAAUGCUCCGUCACCAAUCGUGUUAUCGUGGCCAAAGACCAUGCUUCAGUUCAGUUGAACAUUGGACAGAUUGAUGAGACUGGACGAUUCACAGGCAGUUUUACAACUUAUGCCUUGUGUGGAAACAUUAGGCAGAUGGGUGAGGCAGAUGAUUCCCUUACAAAGCUCUGUAUAAGAGAUUCCAUUGUUAACAAGUAAGUUCCUGCUUAAUGCCGCAGUUCAAAAUAUAUGAAC